AUGCCUUCAGAUACAAAAAAAUACAAUGCUUUCCUGGCUGCUUGGACAAAGGAUGCUGAACCUCCAUCACCAGAGCUACUGUCGGCCUGGACAAAACUCUUGAAGGAUCAUUCUGUCCCAGCUUCGGACAUAGCCAAGGAAGCUGUAAUUCCCAUCGCAAAGCGACAUGAAGCCUCCAAUCCUCUUGGCCCAGAAUGUAUCGACAUCUGGCGCCUCCUGGUAGAUACAGUUGAAAAGAUGACGGAGCAGAAUGAUCGACUGGUGGAGUUUGUGGUCGAAUUGCAAAAGCUCCCGGAUUGCGACCAGGGAUUCCAUGAUUUACCACAAUUGGCUCAAUACCUGAGCGAGUCUUCAUUUGACUACAUUGACGAUGGUCGAAAUCGCGCGAAACGCCAGGCCUGGGCGAAUAUAAAUAGAUUUACAGCCAAGCUCGGUGCUCUGGGUCUUCCACCUACUCCAAAGCAGGGGCCAAAUGUCGAACUGGGAGGGAUUGUGUUGAGGACAACCCUUGAAAAACCGUGGACGUCGACGGCAAUCAAGGCGCUGAAUGGUUGGGUGCCCGCUGCCGAGCAGUGGAUCAAAUACUGUGGGAAUAUCAUUUACAAAAGCCAAGGCGACAUGGAAAGCGAAUGGCCAUCGAUGUGGAAAGGCAAGAAGGGUUGGUCGAGGGAAAGAUGGUCAUUCUGGAAGCAGAGGUUCUUUUGGAUCACCACAUUGCGGCCAUUGACAGAGCGCACAAGAGAGAUUGCAAAGGAAUGCGCAGAUGAGAUGACCAGAAUCGAGGAGAGCCGGAGUUGA